AUGGCUGCGGAAGCCGCCAACGCAAGUGCGCCAAACGCGCUUGACGACAUCAAAGCUCCCGCUGGCGUGGUGCUGCCGCCUCGCGAGAUUCGCAACAUCCUCGAGAAAACCGCCGGAUACGUUGCGCGAAACGGCUCGGUUUUCGAAGAUCGCAUCCGAGAAAAGGAACGCCAGAACCCCAAAUUCAGCUUCCUCAGCCGCGAAGAUGCAUACCACGACUACUACCAGUGGCGACUGAGCGAGAUUAGAGCCGGUCGCGGCACCGAUAUCGCGGCCGGUCGAGCGGGAGAAAGCGCUACGCCAGUCCCCGAGAAGCCCAAGGGACCGCCGAAGCCGCCCGACUUCCAGUUCUGUGCUCGAAUGCCUCACAUCAACCAGAAGGAUCUGGACGUGAUCCGGCUGACGGCGCUUUUCGUGGCCAAGAACGGACGGCAAUUCAUGACGCAGCUGGCGCAGCGCGAAGCCGGCAACCCUCAGUUCCAGUUCCUCAUUCCCAACCACACGUUCCACAACUUCUUCCAGCACAUUGUCGACCAAUACACAUUGCUCCUGCGGGCGAGCGGGCUCGAUGGCGAGGGCGGCAAGCUGCAGGAAGAGCGCGUGGCGGAGCUGCAGCGCAACAUUGAGGAUAAGUUCCACGUGUUGAAGCGAGCGAAGGCGAGGGCGGAAUACGCCAAGUACCAGGAGGCCGAGAGGAAGAAGAAGGAGGCCGAGGAAGAGGUGGCAAAGGCCGAGUUUGCUCGCAUUGACUGGGGUGACUUUGUUAUUGUCGAGACGAUUACGUUUUCCGACGCCGAUGAAAGCGCCAACCUACCGCCGCCCACCACCCUGGGCGACCUCCAAUACGCUUCUUUGGAGGACAGAAACAAGGCCUCCAUCAGUGCCAACUUGCGCAUCGAAGAGGCCAUGCCUGGCGAGGAGGACACUCUACAGAACGGAACCACACAGCAGCAGCAGCAUGCGCCAUCGCCAGUGUCUGUUCAGGGCGCCGAAGCACAACAAUCACAGCAGUCUGCUCGGGAUGAGGAGGAGUCGCGGAGAAUUCAGGAGAGAUCCGCGGCCCAGGCUCGCGUGCAGCAGGCGCAAUCGGAGGCCCGGGGUGGUCUUGGCCCGAUGAAGAUCAAGGAGAACUACGUGCCUCGAGCGGCCCAGAAGGCGGCGAACAAGCAAGGAUUGCAGAUGGCGCUGUGUCCCAACUGCAAGCAGCAGAUUCCCCUGAACGAGCUCGAAGCUCACAUGCGAAUCGAGCUGUUGGACCCGAGCUGGAAAGAGCAAAAGGCCAAGGCCGAGUCGCGCUAUGCUACAUCCAACAUUGCGCAUGUUGACGUCGCCAACAACCUGAAGCGACUUGCCAGCCAGAGGAGCGACGUCUUCGACCCGGCGACAGGGAACGCGCUCUCGGAGGAUGAGCAAGCUCGGCGGAAGAAGGCAGCGACUCAAAGCUUUGACGGGCAUUUGGAAGGGAAGAGCCAGGCUCAUCUCAACCACCUGCAGAAUGUCAAUGUCGACGAGCAGAUCCGAGCAAUCCACCAGAGAUUCGCGCCCAACCAAAAGUGAUGAUGGCCGUGGUGGGAAUGACAUGUUAGCGAAAUAUAACGCGGCAAAAAGGGGGGGGGGGGGGUUAAAUCCUGACUUCGCGUUGGCCAUGGCUGUGCGGCACCUCAAAUUGUCCCACGCCACAGGGUUACUACCGGAUAGUCCAUCGUCCAAAUGAAGCAUCGCCUUUCUUCGCGACUCUACUGGAUAUAGAUGGGGGGGUUGGGUUGAUCGAUUAUGGAGUUUGGGAGCUCAAGCGGCUUUCAGGAGACGCCCUGUGCACAACUCUCACAGCAUGAGAUUGACUGAGGACGAUGUGUGCCAGAUUGCAUGGGAGACCCCUUUUGUUUUGGAGGGAUGGCUGCCAGGAUGCUGUUAUCCGCCCUUUUGCUCAUGGCUCUCUGGUCGAUAUAACCGGGAGUGGUAUAUAAGGUACGAUGGCAUCGGCACCACGUUCUAGUCAUGUAAAUGGAACCUGUAACCUGGGUUGCGCUGCC